UCUCUCUCUCUCCCUCUCUUGCUUUCUCUCCUCUGCCUCACCAAGUCUUCGAAACUCUGCUCGUCGAGGAAUCCACGCAGUUCACACUGCCUGAUCGGAAUUGCUGUAACGAAUCCACUGCGACGUAUUCGCUCUGCAUAGCACGCUGGAGCACCUCGUUGAUGUUUGAAUUAUGAAUUUUCGAACAAUUUUUUGAGGGAAUUUCGAGGGGGAGGUUGGGGAUUCGGUGUGGGAUCCUCGAGAGGUUUGUGUUUUGAGGGUUGUGCGUGCAGUCGGCCAUCAUGUACACCGGAGGCCAGCUGCCGCCCAGCUUUAUGAAGCACCUGCGAGCGGAUGCUGUGGAGGAGGCGGAGGAGGAGGCUGUAUCAAGUGGCGUCGUUGCCAAGGCUCAGCACAAUGGCCUGCCGAACGUGUUAGUUACGAAUGACGAUGGGAUCAAUGCGCCAGGAUUACGGGCCUUGGUUGCCGUCUUGAUCGAGGAUGUGAGCUGUAACGUCUUCAUUUGCGCCCCGGAUUCAGAACAGUCAGGCGUGUCUCAUAGCAUUACACACAGGAGCGUUUUAGAGGUUUCGUCGGUGAACAUCCUGGGCGCCACAGCAUUUGAAACCUCCGGAACCCCUGCUGAUUGUGUCUCGUUGGCAUUGACAUCGUCUAUUUUCCCAUGGGCGAAACCGACCUUGGUGGUCAGUGGUAUCAACAAAGGCUCCAACUGUGGUUACCACAUUGUAUACUCAGGUACAGUGGCAGGAGCACGUGAAGCAUUUAUCAACGGUGUACCCGCGAUUGCACUUUCUCUAGACUGGAAAAGAGGAGGCAAGAGCAAUGAUAACGAUUUUAAAUCAGCAGCAACUGUGAGUCUUCCAUUGAUAAAAGCGGCUCUGCGAGACAUCCAGGGAGGAAUAUAUCCCGAAGGUUUCUUUUUUAAUGUUGAUAUACCAACAGAUCCGUUGGAGCACAAGGGGUACAAGGUGACAAGGCAAGGUACUUCCCGAUUGCCCUUAAAAUGGAAGAAAGUGACUCAGGAGAAACGUAUGCAAAUGCUGAAGGACUCGGGCAUUGGUCUACAGAUGGCACAGCUUGGACUUGCUGCCUCUGCUGCGGGAGCAGCCAGGCGUGCCAAUUUUAAGAAGCAAAAUCCCGAUGUUGAAUCAGUAGGGGCUAAUGAAGAGCCCGACAAGGAACCUUCCCCAAGGAUGCGCUUUCGUCUAGAAGGAUCGGAGCAAGAAAUUGGAGAGGUUGCCCCUGAUCAUGACUUUGGAGCGUUGGAACUAGGCUAUGUUACGGUAACGGCCGUGAGUCUGGAUACGAAUGUGGAGAUUAAUACGCGUGGCCAAGUCGAGGAUUGGGUAGCCAGUGUAGUUCCAGUCUCCCCUGCUUCUGCUUUAUAAGGUCCACUUCGAUCUGAAGAAUCUAAGAGACCUUUUUAUUGUUAGGCUCCACGAUUGGAUCAGUCUCUUGCAGUGUAUCUAUUUUUAAGACUAUGUGCUGGGAACAACCCUGCACCUGCACAGUAGUUUGUGGGGUUAUGGCUUAUCAAUUCGGCAGGUAUAGUCCCUUCAAUGCUUGUGAAGUGUUGACGGUUCUUGAUAGUCAUGGGGCCAAGUAGUCGAAAGUCUUGAGCUUUGCACUGGCUCAUCAGAUGAAUGUAGGGUUUGGUUUUGUUUUUGUGACCAUUCCAUCGCAGCUGGGCUGCUGUAUUGCAUCACGGGCCUUCGCCAAUUUUUGGAGACUAAUCUCCAAUCUCCAAGUCUGGGACAAAUGUAAAUGCUCCCAAUAGGAGCUUUCACCCGUCUA